ACCAUGGCCCCCACGCUAGCCACUGCCCACCGGCGCCGCUGGUGGAUGGCUUGCACCGCCGUGGUGGAGAACCUCUUCUUCUCCGCUGUCCUCCUGGGCUGGGCGUCUCUCCUCCUCAUGCUCCAGUCGGAGGGCUUCUACUCCUACCUCUGUCUCGAGCCAGAGAACGUGACCAUCCCAGCCAAUGACAGCCUCUCCACAGACAACCUGACGCCGGUGCGCAUGAACGGUUGGCUCACCUGCAAGGCACAGGACGAGAUGCUGAACCUGGCCUUUACCGUUGGCUCCUUCCUGCUGAGCGCCAUCACUUUGCCUCUGGGCAUUGUCAUGGACAAAUACGGUCCCCGCAAGCUGCGGCUGCUGGGCAGUGCCUCUUUUGCCGUGUCCUGUGUGAUGAUUGCUUAUGGCGCCAGCAACCCUGACUCUCUGUCUGUGCUGAUCUUCUUUGCUCUGUCGCUGAACGGCUUUGGGGGGAUGUGCAUGACCUUCACGUCGCUCACGCUGCCCAACAUGUUUGGCGACCUUCGCUCCACCUUCAUCGCCCUCAUGAUCGGCUCUUACGCCUCUUCGGCAGUGACUUUCCCUGGAAUCAAGGUGAUCUAUGACUUCGGGGUCUCUUUUAUCCUCAUCCUGCUGGUCUGGGCCGGCUGUGCGGGGCUCGUCUUCUUCAACUGCUUCUUCAACUGGCCGCUUGAGCCUUUCCCAGGGCCAGAAGACAUGGACUACACGGUGAAGAUUAAGUUCAGCUGGCUGGGCUUCGACCACAAGAUCACUGGGAAGCAGUUCUACAAGCAAGUGACGACCGUGGGCCGCCGCCUCAGCGUGGGAGGCUCUAUGAAGGGCCACAAGGAGACGGCGGCCCUGCAGGACGGCAACAAGCUGUGCCUCUCCACGGUGGACCUGGAAGUGAAGUGCCAGCCGGACAUGGCAGCCUCCCCCUCUUUUAUGCACAGUGUCUUCAGCCCCAUCCUGCUCCUCAGCCUGGGCACUAUGUGUAUUACCCAGCUACGGCUCAUCUUCUACAUGGGAGCCAUGAACAACAUCCUCCAGUUCCUGGUGGGCAGUAAUGACCUGGAGGCAGUCAAUCUCUACACCUCCAUCUUCGGGGUCCUGCAACUGCUUUGCCUGAUGACGGCUCCCCUGAUAGGCUACAUCAUGGACUGGAAGAUGAAAGAGUGCGUGGACGGCUCGGAAGAGGCAGAGAACAAGGAUGCCAGCCCGGGCGACAAAAAGAAGAAGCCUCGCGACCGGCAGAUCCAGAAGGUGGCCAACGCCACGAGGGCCUUCGCUUUCACCAACGUGUUACUGGUGGCAUUUGGGGUCACCUGCCUGAUCCCCAACCUGCCUUUACAAAUCCUUUCUUUCAUCCUGCAUACGAUCGUCAGAGGUUUCAUCCAUUCGGCAGUGGGAGGCCUCUACGCAGCUGUGUAUCCCUCUACGCAGUUUGGCAGCUUAACGGGGCUACAGUCUUUGGUCAGCGCCCUCUUUGCUCUGCUGCAGCAGCCCCUGUUCCUGAUGAUGAUGGGACCCCUAGAAGGAGACCCACACUGGGUCAACGUGGGCCUGCUGGGGCUGAGCAUGCUCGGCUUCUGCCUGCCGAUCUACUUGAUCUGCUACCGGCGGAGGCUGGAACGGGAGCAGCAGCAGCAGAUGGACGAUGCCAAACUCUUCCUGAAAGGCAACUCGGAGGCCUUUGUGUAGGGGGGCUGCUUUGCCAGCGGCUGGGACCGUUCUGC